CUAAACUGACAACACUGGCUGUCACAUAUGGAGAAGAAAAGACAUGUUGCGCCUGUAAAAAAUCAAGGAAAUCGUCUGGGACUCAAUUAAAACGUGAGCCGAAGCACUCCGUGGCGCCUGUGGAACGAUGGGCGAGCCGAAAGCCAUCGUGGAGUCCGAUGAGGAGCAGCCGUUCAACUGCGUGGACGAGGCCAACGCCAUCAUCAACGAUGUGAAGGCGCACGUCGCCGAAAUCUGCAUCUCCUCUAAGCUGGCCAGCGAUGCCACGCAGAUCUUCCUCAACAUUCGCACCAUCGAGAGUGCCACCUGCUGCGUGCAGGUGACCAGUCGCGGCUUCAAGAUCGUCUCUUCCCAGUACGAUACCAUAGACGAGGACAAGCGGAUCUCUGCUCUUCUCCGCAAUGGAGGAGGGAGCAACAGCGACAUCCAGGGCGGAGGUGACGACGACGACGAGGAGGAGGAGAUCUUCGAAACACCCUAUGCACUGCUAGACAAGAUAAGCCCCCGCUACGUGGAAUCCUUCGGCAACCAGCUGUGUCAACAACUCAGACAGCUACAGCAGAUGCGCACCGAGUUUCACGAGGAGGACGAGGAAGAGGAGGAGGAGGAGUGACUCUAGCUCCAGCUCCCGCCCGAGGCUGUAUACUCUUUAGAUGGAAGAUUUUAAUGUUAGUUUAAUUGAAUGUUUACUCGUAACGUGCAUUCUCUGGAGCAUACGCUCCGCCUUCCUACUUAUUUAUGUGUGUGUGUGUGUGUGUGUUCGCCGCAAAAGUAUUCCCGCAUGAGUUGGUCAUGCAGUCGCCUCAUCCCACGCCACACCCUGUCCUAUCCUCUCCUCUCUUUGCUUAGCAAACAAAAACCGCUCCAGAUCCGCUCUAGACUUUAAGGCGUUUCAAAAAUAAAGAUUGUGAUUGCAACUCCAGA